CGCUGGAGGCACCAGCGCUCUCGAGCACCGCUCCGGCGAACAGCCAGGGCGCCGGCUCAUCCUGGGCGGCGGGCCCCGCGGAUCUGCGGUCGUACCACACUACCUUCGACUCGCUGGCGCAGGGCAGGGAUAGGAUAUGGCCAGAGGACGCGAAGGGAGUGUUCGAGAGUUACUCCUCCGAGACGGAUGACCUCAACCAGAUCUGGGCCCUGUCGGACACGGACGGGGACGGCCAGCUGACGUUCGCCGAGUUCGCGUGCGCGAUGCACCUGCUGUCCCAGCUCUCGCAGGGGCUGCCCGUGCCCGCGGCGCUGCCGCCCGAGCUGCUGUCCUCGAUCCUGGUAGCCGAGGCUGCGGCGGCGGGCCCAGCCGGGACGGCCCGGGGCGGCCUGGCCGUGGGCGCCGGGGAGUUGCAGAGGUACCGGGAGGCCUUCGGGGAGCUGGCGCGGGGCAAGGACAGGCUCGGGCCCGACGAGCUCGGCGAGGUGUUCGGGUGCUCCGGGCUGUCCGCCGACGAGAUGAACCAGGUUUGGCAGAUGUCCGACCUCGACGGCGACGGUCAGCUCACCUUCCCCGAGUUUGCCUGCGCGGUGCACCUGCUUGGGCUCCGGCGGCAGGGCUGGCCACUGCCUGCGGAGGCACCGCAGGAGCUGCUGGGCUCGCUCCGAAGCUGAGCGGUCGCCCGGGCGGCGUCCUGAGGGCCCCCCCUCCCAUGUCGCGCUUGCGUGUAGUCGACAGCGAGCAGGACAACACUCGGCUGCGCGCGAGAGCGGCCCUUCGCCGGAGCUGCCCACUGUCCGAGGCGUGGGCCGAGCCAUAGCCAAGCCCCGCCUUGCACUCAGGUCCGCGGCCUUCGGGGCGCGAGGUGGCAAGGCCUCGGAUCUGCGUCCAAGCAGGCCCCCCCAGGCAGUCCUGGAUGGCCUCCGCUCCUCCGCCUCCUCCUCCUCUUCCUCCUCCUCCUGCUCCUCCUCCUCCUCCUCCUCCUCCU